AGGGCAGGAAUCCAGCAGACACACCGGCUGCUGCCGCCGCCGCUGCCGCUGCUGCCGCACUCUGCGGAGGAGACUGACUCCAACCGGACACGCUCCGCCUGCUGCGCAGACAAGUACGGGGCUAAGCUUUUCCAGUGCAGAACCGGAGUGUUUUCAGCAGUUUGGGAGCGUCAGCUGGAAGGAAAAGCUGUUCCGGGAGGACUGCAGCAGCUACGCAGGAACAGAUUUGUCAAGACAAGAAGAGACCACAGAGAAGAACACUGUGAGUUGGAUGAACCUCAAAACGCUGUUUUGUCUGGUCCACUCGGAAUAUUCUAAGCGUUUAUAACAACAGAUGACCUGAAGCUUUCUUUGUGGCGACAGGUGGAAAAUUGCAGAGUCCCCCCAUGAGUGCUCAUUCUGAUUACAAGGAGCUGUUGCCCUGAUUGCUGUUCAUCAGGCACGGUUCAGCUUUGAAGCAAGAUGUCAACCACGAGUGAAAAUGUGACGGGGCGACCCCGGAGUACAGGCAAAGAAAAGACCUACAAAAAGACCACGUCAUCUGCCCUUAAAGGAGCCAUUCAGCUUGGCAUUGGCUAUACAGUGGGAAACCUCACCUCCAAGCCAGACAGAGAUGUGCUUAUGCAAGACUUCUAUGUGGUGGAGAGCGUCUUCCUGCCCAGCGAGGGAAGCAACUUGACCCCGGCUCAUCAUUACCCAGACUUUCGCUUCAAGACAUACGCCCCGCUGGCCUUCCGCUACUUCAGAGAUCUGUUUGGUAUCAAACCAGAUGACUAUCUGUACUCUCUUGUAAAUGAGCCUUUGAUUGAACUGGUCAACCCGGGCGCCAGCGGCUCUCUCUUCUACCUGACCAGCGACGAUGAGUUCAUCAUUAAAACUGUCCAGCAUAAAGAGGCCAAGUUUCUGCAGAGACUGCUGCCGGGAUACUACAUGAAUUUAAACCAGAAUCCUCGCACGCUGCUGCCCAAAUUUUACGGCUUGUACUGCAUCCAGUCUGGUGGCAUAAACAUUCGGCUGGUCGUGAUGAACAACGUGCUGCCACGCUCGGUUAAAAUGCACUACAAAUAUGAUCUGAAGGGGUCAACCUACAAGAGACGGGCGUCCAGGAAGGAGAGGGAGAAAGCCUGUCCCACCUACAAAGAUCUGGACUUUCAGGACAUGCACAACGGGCUUUAUUUCGACGCAGAGACGUACAACAACCUAAUGAAGACCCUACAGAGAGAUUGUCGGGUGCUGGAAAGCUUUAAAAUAAUGGAUUACAGUCUGCUGCUGGGCGUGCACGUCUUGGAUCAGAGCCACAGAGACUUAGGCGAUUCGGGCCAGGCAGGGGGCGACGGCAGGAGACCUGUGGGUCAGAGGGUGCUUUACUCUACCGCCAUGGAGUCCAUCCAAGGAGACGGCAGGGCAGCUGAGGCUCUCACCACUGACGACACGAUGGGUGGCAUCCCAGCCAGAACACACAAAGAUGAGAAGUUGUUCAUCUUCCUGGGAAUCAUAGACAUUCUACAGUCCUACAGGUUCAUCAAAAAGCUGGAGCAUUCGUGGAAAGCCCUGGUCUACGAUGGCGACUCAGUCUCGGUUCAUCGGCCCGGGUUUUACGCCAGCCGCUUCCUCAAGUUCAUGAGCACACAAGUCUUCAGGAAGACGCAAUCAAUUCGAUAUUCUCCUUCAAAGAGGACCCGCACCUCCAUUUCUGCUCUGAAGUCCUCUUCACAGGAGAUCCUUUCAUCACACACAGAUGGGGAGCACGAGGAGGACAGGAGGGACAGGCUGGGCGGAGCACGCAGCCUGGCCAGUCUGGACGGACAAGCUAUAUUUGGUUCAUAUCUGCGUCCCGAUCUUGUCCCCGCCAACCCGUCCUUCUACGAUGGCUCCUCCAUGGGGACCAUCUCCACCUCCACCAUCUUUGUGAACGUGGAUAACCAAACGGAGGAGAGAGAUGAUGCUGCAUCCAGCUCCACAUUCACCUUGGAGGACAGCGCCAUCUGCCUCACUUCAGAGCAGAGCACGGUGGAUGUAGAUCAUGAUGAGGGAUCUGACCUCGAUGUGUACUUGUGAGAAGAAAAGCUUCACGUUGUUCUUUCCUCCUGCCAUGCAUAAGACAAUCACCACGCUCCAUUGGACGUGCCAGGACGGCAUUUGACUCCAUCUUCCGUGCUGCUAGAUCCAUGUUGCCACUAGUAUUUGCCAACAAAUGAAAAUACUACAAUUCCCACUGGUUGGUGGACUUAAGAAAAAAAAAACAGAACCUAGCCAAGUCAUGUGAAAGGAGUUGGGCCAGGAACCGCAUGACAUUUUGUUUUAACUGCUGACCAUCGAGCUGAACUUUUUAGAGCGUGUAUCAUGGUAGGGCCAUAUUUUUUAUUGAUGUAUAGUUUUCACGGUGUAAAAAAUAAUUUCAAAGUGAAUGUCCUUUACACUGCAUUCAAGGAUAGAGACCCAUUUUCUUCACUGUUGUUUCCUGAUGCUCAGAGACACUUGGAACUCCCAGCUGCUGAGCUGCAAAUGAGAAUUGUUUACAGUAAAGUAAGAGGUGGCAUCUUUACUGAAAAAGAGGAACAAGGAAAAAUAAUGGACUUUACUUUGAAGGCCCUUUCCUUGCUGGCUGGUUUUGUGCUGCUUGAGAGGAAGAGCGGCCGUAAAGCCAGUGAUACAUUUCCUGGAUCUUUGACAGAACAGUGCAACCUACUCUCAAAAAAAAA